UAUUUGUUUGCUGAGAUAAGCUAACGCCUGCUAUAUUGACUGAGCAAAAUAUACAAGCAUAUAACUGGCAUAGCAAUGGCAUCUAGUUGCGGAGCUUUUCACGAAGAAGCACUCAGGAGGCAGCGAGUUAUCGACAAAAAGAGAGUGGCCCUGCAGCGUUUAAAAGCCACGCAGGCGGAAGAAAUCAAGAUGGCGGAGGAGAGAGCGAAACAGGACGCUUGGAUGCGGGAGAUGAGACACAACGAAAAGAUGAAGGAACUUCAAGAUCAUCUUAAUGAUGUAAAAGGAAACGGGAAAAGAAAGAAACUCACGUUGGCUGGAUUUGGCGGAAAAUGAUUUCAUUUAAAUAUUUAUUAUUCUGUAUUUCGUGUUUAUGCAAUGCACAUGUCUAUUUAUAGUAGGUUGGGGUAAAAUGGGACAUGUUUUAACUAUACUUUUUUAUUCCAUUUAGUAGUAAAGAAAGAAUAUUUACAGAAUUAUAUAUACCCGUAUCUUUACGACUCUAUAAAAGAGUGAUUAUGAAAUAUGGGAUUUAGGCACUAACGGUAUCCAUUUUAUCUCACGGUGCUAUAGAUUUACAUAGACGUGUGUAUUAAUUAUCCUAAAUAUUAUUUCCCUGACGUGUCGCAUUGAAUCAUUAAUACGGAAUUAGCGCUUUUUACGCAAGGUAUAUGUUUACACUUUUUACGCAUUUUGUUAACUCUUUAGCGCCACACGACGGCAACAAAAUGUGAUGGGAAUUCCAGCUGAAAUUUUCAAACAGAUUCAAACCAAAGGAAAACAAUUGCGUAACAGUAACCUGGUAAUCGGCCAUCCUAAAGCGUUGUGGGAUGCCCGAUGAUGAAUGUGUUGACCGUUGUGUUUUUUUCGUAAUUUUAUAAUAAAAAGGUCAUAUUUUCACCCG